GCUAAAACCACGAGAAGCAUAAGGCCCAUCUCCUUCCCCAUCUGGUUUGUCGUGUUCCUUCAAUGUCCUGGGAAUCCCCUCAAGGAGCACUGUACGCACCCUACCGAUAACGUAUUCAAUGUGGAUGUCAGUACCCAGAUGCUGGUUUUGUGCUACGAUCUCUCGACCCUGGUCGAGUGGUAUGCCCUACGUGAUAAUCGCACCAGAACGUUCAAUCUUGCCACGUGGUCCCCCGAAAGAGGUCUGAUCUUGAAGACACAAAAGAGCAUCUAUGCCAGGAGAAGCGAUAUGUUCGGCGAAGUUGUGCGCGUGGCGUCCGUGAAAAAUGCGUGGCUACUUUCACUGGAGGACGGUCAGUUCGGCGGGUAUUUGGGUCUGAUACUGAUAGAGCUUAGUAAAACGAUGAACUUCACGAUAGAGAUUUUGGAUCCAUUGAAGACAUUCGGUAGUUGGAGCGAGCAGCAGAAUAUUUGGACAGGUGUGAUCGGCCAAUUGGUGGCCAAUGAAGCCGACAUCGGCGUUGCCGCAUUCACGAUGACGAUCAGCAGACGAAAUGUAGUCGAUUUUACGAUGUCAUUGAUACGCCCGCAUUAUCUCCUUUAUUUUAAGAAACCAACCGUAUCCGAUGUGCAAUGGAACUCAUACUUCAAGUCAUUCAGCUUUGAUAUUUGGAUAGCAUUAUUAUUAACCAUAAUAACCGCUUCUAUUCUAUUGACUAUUAUGAAGACAAAAAACGGAUAUUUCUCAAUGGAUUUAAUGUCCGAAAAUUAUAUUAAUGUUUGGGGAAUUUAUUGCCAGCAGGGUCUGCCCG